CUCCACCAUCAGCAAACCACCUCGGAGCCAGCAGCGCAGAGCCCACCGGAGCGCCACCAGCCAUCCGUCCGAUCCGAUGGCUCUCGCUCUCUCAGGCUCCGCUGCUGCCCGCGCGCUCGCCCAGCUGCUCGCCCCGACCACCAGGGGCUACGCCGCCGCGGCUGCGUCCGGUGCGAUGAGGCGCGGCGCCGCUGACAGGAAGGCCGCUGGCGAGGCCGAGAAGGCCGCCGCCGACGCGUCCUGGGUCCCCGACCCCGUCACCGGCCACUACCGCCCGGCCAACCGCGCCGCGCCCGUCGACCCCGCCGACCUCCGCGCCGCCCACCUCGGCCGCACCCACGCACGGGCUUGAAGGCUCGCUCCUCCCUCGUUGGAGAUCAACUAAGUAACAGGGAAAAAGGGAGGUUCGUCCGCGCUCCGCUACCGGCGUCCCCGGAGCCCCGGAGGUGCGCGCUCGGCUCUCGGCAAGAUCCAUAUUACGCGGGAGCUAGGAGA